AUGUACGAGGAUGCGGAAGAUGCAUCUGGCAUCGACCAAGAUUUCUUCAACGCGUUAGCGCUGUUACAUUCGACGGAGGACGACAGUGCGGAGAAACUUCGUAAAAUGCUGGAUACGUCCAUCCAGAGUAGGUAUGGCUUUGACAAAACUUUGAUGGCUAAGAUCCCGAAGAAAUUUCUGCAGAAUACGAAAAUCCGUGGCAAGUCGUUCGCGAAUUCGAACGAGAAAUCCGAAAUAUCUUGGCGUAAAGGAGGUAAUGAUAAAGCCUUGAGAAAAACCGGCAGUCUAUUGCUUUCUACGAAUAAUACAACAGAAAUUAAUUGGAAACCGAUGAAAAUAUUUGAUGCGAAUAUCGAGGAUUGUAGCGAAAAAGGGGACAUUCCGAGGAUAUCUAUUCCUGAUGAAGGAUCUGGAGAUGGACUUUUAUGCAAGAUCUGUAACGGAGCGAAGCUAGGUCCACUGAUACUGCUGGAGUGUCAAGAAUGUCAAGAAGUCUAUCACCCCCUGUGCCAUCAACCCCCUGUCGUCGACAUCGACGUCUACGAUCCGAGAAUCGUAUGGCGGUGUAGAAAAUGUAUGGAUACCUACUCUCUAAACUCUGUCAUUGCGUCCGAUGAAAAGAAAGUGAAAAGGUCUCGUCCACCGAACGACGAGGGCAAAGUCAAAGAACCUUCUACAAAAGUGACCAAGUCAGGGAAAUUGAAUGGGUAUCUUGUGAAAGAUGAAACUGAUACCGCUGAUCAAACUUCAUCCGAUGUUUCUCAAAAAAUUGGUUGUAUUGGCGAAGAUACAUCGAUUACAAAAGGUUCUGUCUUUUCGAGCCAAAAGACGAGGACAAUAUCGUCGAUUCAAUUAAGAAAACGAAUUGGAUCCAAACUUUCAGUCAUUCGAUCCAUAGUAAAAUGAUAUUUGUAAUGUUAGUAACUAAGAAUGUUUCAAAUUGUCUUUUAUUAGUUUUCAAUAAAUAAAUCUAAAUUGGAUUGAUAUUUUAUGUAUAAAUAUA